AUUUUCUCAUCUCACAUUAACAUAAACACCUAAACUUAAAAUUCAAAGAUCAUUUUUAUUUCAUUUAUACUUUUUUUCCCUUCUCCCAUGGCAGCUCUAUCACUAACUCAUAACUUCAUCCACAACAAUAAAAGUUCAACUCAAGGGUUGAAAACAAGAAAUUACACAAAAGUUGUUGCACAAUUGUCUUGCCAAGGAGAUCAGCCAAUUGACAAUUCUACCCCUAAAGUGAAGAAAGAAUUGAAGAAAGUGAUGAUGGUGAGGCAAGUUUUGAGUAGUUUAGAGAAAUUGGGGAAGGGAGUUAAGGAUAGCUUGAGCCCCAAGCAAAAGGGUGAUUGGAAAGAUGUGGUGUUGAUGAGUUUGUCAUUUGCUGUUUAUGUGUAUAUUUCUCAGCAGAUUGUUUGUGCUUAUUGUGCUUGGAAUUCUAUGUUCAAGUAAUCAUGGUAGAUAUUGCUUUAA